CGAUUUCAAGCCCAGUUCAGUGUUGAAGAAGACGGCCAUCCUCAAUGGCAACGACACAAGAGGAGUCCACGCCGCUGCUGCCGACGACCGUUGAGAAGCGGAAAGUCCGGGAUCGCCAACGCCGUCAACUCAUGUGCUUCGGUGGCGUUGCGGCCCUGGCGGCAUGUGCAGUGGGCGUCUGGUGGUGGACAAAUGAGACGCCACUCGACCUGUUCAUCCCAGACGUCCCCCUCACGCCGUGGACGAGUGACGUGAUGGAACCACCGUUCGAGAAAGAGGCCAAUCUCAUUCGACCACACUUGAUCUCGGAAGACUUGUUGAAACGACCCAUCCCCACGAAUGCAUGGUGGACGAAUCUGCUGAUCAGCGACUCUCACGGGCAAAACACAGGAGCGGGACAAGUCACCCUUUCUCCGUAUACCAUCGCCAGUUGGCCCCACGUCAUGCAGGUGUCGUACGGUGACGAUCGACGUGUGGAAGAGCCGAGCAAGAUCGAGGAAUAUUUCAGUGCCGACCUCACUUUCGGCACAGUCGUGCCUAGCAUUUCUCGCGAAGUCGUAGCAUUCGACCCUCUGACGGUGCACCUCCAGUACCGAAACGAGUCGAACGGAACCACGUUCACAGUGCUCUUGGCGCGAGGAUCCCCGUAUGUCUCCAUCAACUAUACUCUGAGCGCACCCAUGAUCACGACGACGUACUUCAACAUCCUCUGGUGCAACAACGCGUCCAUCUCCAAGACCCCCACGACCGUCGCCGGCUCGACGUUCACGGUCGUCACUCAAAUCGAGCACCAGAAAACCCAGGAAUGGCUGAUUUUCUUCCCCACAAAUGUCACCGUGAGCAUUAACUCGACGUCGUUUGCUGUCCAAGACGAGACGUUCUCGGGCAUCGUUCGUGCUGCCAUCGUGCCUCGCAACAGUCCCGACGGCACCGCCGCGCACCUGCGCCAACAUGCAUCGAUCGUCCCCGUCGCGUCCGCAGUGUCCCUGUCGUCCAACGUGACCACGGGCAUCAUGGAGUUUACGUGGAAGACCGUGGCGACGACCACCGACUCAAUCGCGGCGGCGUCGUUGCUCAUGCUGGCACACCCGCAUCACGUGGACAGCCUCGUCCCUUCGGCCACGCGCAACCGGUCGUCAACAACCACCGUCAUGCACUCGUCCAGUUCUGGCGAUCCGUUCGCGUCCUCCACGCCCAGUAUUCUCCUGGGACCGUUUGGCCAUCGCACGAUCAAGGGCAAUAUGUCGUUCGUGCUGGGCAACUCGUGGCUGCUCGCCGAUACGUUCCAAGAGGUGGGCUUCAACUCACGGCAUCCGAUAGCCGCCGACGCCAUCGCGCCGCUGUUGGUCGCGUUGAAAAACGACUCCAACUUCACGCCGCAAGCGCUGGACCCGUACUUUUUCGGCAAAGAAAUCGCCCGCCAGGCGCGGCUGGUGCUCAUCGCCGACGAACUCAACCAAGGCACGACCAAGCUGCUCGACCAGCUCGAAGACUGGCUGUUGCCGUGGUUUGUGGGCAAGAACUUUGACUUUUUCGUGUACGACACGGUCUGGGGCGGCGUAUGUUCGGUCAAGGGCCUACGCGGCGUGUUUUGGAUGACGGAUUUCGGCAACGGGUGGUACAACGACCACGUACGUGUAUUGUGUUUUAAGAUGGCUGUAUAUGAGUGUGUGUAUGAUCUCUCCAUGUCGAUUUUGUCGGUUGGACCAAACAGUUGGACUCUUAUCCUGCUUUGCGAAGUCCAUGGAUUGAUUUUUUGCGCUGAAUGUUGUUAGAGGUUAAAAAAGUUAAUGUGGAUUCCACUCAUUUUAGUUGUGCGCCGAAUCUGUCGAUCGAGUUUUUGUACAAACAAAUUUUGUAAAAAUUGUCCAAGAUUUACACUAAUUUCAGUCACACACUAUUUGGGUUAAAGGGUUGAACUGGUGGUUAAACAUUUUAAUUCUUUUUUUCUUCUUUUUUUUUGCUGCAAUCGGAUUGUCUAAUUAAAUACAACAUGUAUCUGCCCAACUUCGGUACAUUUGAUGCUGUCGAUACAUUUGGCAAUGUGGAAAAAACUCAACCAUAUGUUGUAUCAUGUUAGAAUAUCUUGGUCUUAUAGAUAGUAUAUUGCUUUGGUGUAGCAUUUCCACUACGGGUACUUUAUCUACGCCGCGGCGGUGGUGGCCAAGUACCGUCCCGACUUUGUCCUGCGACAUCGCGCCGCGCUCAUGUCGAUCGUGCGUGAUAUUGCCAACAACAGCCCCCACGAUCCUUACUUUCCGUUGGCACGGCACAUGUCAUGGUUCGACGGGCACUCGUUUGCUAGCGGCGUGUACGUGUUGGAUGGCGGCAAGUCCCAAGAAAGCGUCUCCGAAGCGAUCAAUGCGUACUAUGGCGUGUAUUUGUUGGGCCAAGCGCUGAGCAUGCCGGCGGUGGAACAUAUGGGGCGCCACUUGAUGACGUUGGAAAUGCGGGCGGCGACGACGUAUUGGCAAACCACGGAUGCGAUUUACGGGUCAGUGUACGCCCAGAACCAAAUGACGGGGCAGAUUGGCAGCACCAAGGUCACGUAUGCGACGUGGUUUGGGCCAGAAGUAGAGCAUAUGCACUUGAUCAACUUGAUGCCGUUCACGCCCGUGACCGAGUUGUUUGUGUCGGCCGCGUUUGUCACGAGGGAGUACCCGAUCUUGGCCAAGGCGUUGCAUCGACCAGCGGCCCCCAUGGAUGAGAUCUGGAAAGGCUACACGUACCUGGACCAUGCGAUCGUCGACGCCAAGGCCGCGUGGGCCGAAGUGGCCACGCUGAAAUCGUUUGACGAUGGCAAUUCCCGCGCGAAUUCGCUGUAUUGGAUUGCCACCCGUCCCACCAACUAGACGACGACGCGCGAGGCUCUUGCGACUGUCGGAAGUAUGUGAAGAAAUAUCCCUUGCAUAUAUAUAGGAUAUAAAAAUGGCUUUGCGAGUGGGUCGGCGACAGUGAUGUUGGAUAUAUUAUAUAUUACUAUUACUUUGAAGUAUUAAUAUUGAAGUAUUAAUAUAUAUAUAUAAAGAUGGCUU